CGUGAAAUUGUGUUUUCUCGCAUCUUUUUCCCACCGCCAAACUCUCACAAUACUACUCUACCACAUCCAGCCUCUUCCACCCCAAACAAACCUAGCUAGGAAGAGUAACUGCAUUAGUAGCAAAGAGAGAAAAUGUUUCGAAUCAACAGUUCUGUGAUUUUUCUGUUUGGAGUUCUUGCCUCGCUUGCCUUGUAUUCGGUUCCAUUGGUCUCGGCGCGUGUGGGAAGAAGAGGCGGAUUGAAGGGUCGUCGCGUAUUGGUUCCAAGAAAUAGUCUUCAGGAUGGUGCUGUAAGAAGCAGAGAAAACUGGGAUAGCUUUCCAUCAGGCCGCGGCCGACAUCUCAAGUCAGCAAUGAUGAGUAUGAUGGGUAUGGGAAAUUCCACCAUGAGCAUGUCUGGAAUGAGCAUGAGCAUGAGUAUGUCCAUGUCCAUGAGCAUGGGUAUGUCCAUGUCCAGCAUGUCGAUGAAGUCAAUGAUGAACAUGAGCUCAGGAAUGUCCAAGAAAUCCAUGAGCAUGAAGAUGGGUAGCAGCAGCAUGUCGAUGAAAUCAAUGAUGAUGAUGGGUAGCAGCACUCAAAGCCCCACAUCUUCGUCAUCCUCUUCUCCUGGCCCGACGGGAGGCUCCAGUACAGUCAGCCCCACGGGGGCAGUGACAACUGGCAGUCCUACCAUUGCGCCUGGUACCCCCACGGUGUCACCAGGGACCCCGGCUCCAACCACACCAGGAACUACUCCUGCUCCCACAACGGGAAGUACCACUCCGCUUCCGACUACUGCAACUCCUGGUACUACUCCUGCCCCUACUGUAACAACAACAACCACAAUCCCAGGCACAACUGCCCCAAGAACCUCCACUGCAACCACCGCUCCCACAGGUGUGGUUGCAGCUGCAGCUCGUUCCUUUGCCAAAGGAGCUGGGUUCCCAGAAACCAUCAAAUUGGAUGAUUUUACCGCCACGGAGGAUGAUGGCACGGUUCGUACACUUCCAGUAGCCAGUAAGCUAUCCUUUCAGUUCUUUCCAACCACGGGACGAAAACCCACCCAAGAAGAAAUCAGCGAACUGGAAGAUGCCACUCUAUCCUUUUUCCAAAAUGAAUUGCAAAACAAUCCCGCGUUCCAAUCAACGUUCCAAGAAAUACAGUUGACCAAACCCACUCCCAAAUACAGUGCGAACGAUCCCGACACGUUUAUUCUCGAGUUUUUGGCAUUGGUAAAGGUGGAUGCCAACAAUUCACAACGAAUUUCGGGCCAAACAGUCUCCGACGCCAUGGCUGCUUCGGAUUAUAGCACCUACAUUAGUGCCUAUGUGAAAGAGAUGGGUCUGUCGAGUGAAUUCUACCAGACGCAAGCGGUUCAUUUUACCGGUAUCGGUCGUGCUGGGCCGUAGUUUUGCUUGUGCAUGCAUGUAUGUACCGAAGAAAGCUAAGUUUGCCUCCUUUUGGCAGUGAAUGUAAAAUUGUAUUAGUAAUUCAUGGAGGAAGAGGAUAUUCCAGUGUACCGGUAUGGGAUUUUUAGGAUA